UAGAGUUCAGAUCCGACCCCGGAGCCUGCGCCGCACGUGUGUCCGAGUUCCGCUCACUAUUCCUGGGGAAAAUGCUGCGCGUCAGGUGCCUGAGAGGAGGUAGCAGGGGGGCCGAGGCCGCCCAUCUGAUCGGAGCCAUGGUUGGCCGCUCAGUCGCCGGCUGGAUGCAGAGGGCCUUCCAGAGCUCUUCGAGUGCAGCAGCUGCACAACAACAUGCAGCUGAAGAGGAAGCUGUCGCUGAGCCCCUGCAGCAGGAAUGUCCCGUCUGCAGCUACAACGAAUGGGACCCUCUUGAGGAGGUGAUCGUGGGGCGAGCUGAGAACGCCCACGUGCCUCCCUUCACCGUGGAAGUGAAAGCUAACACAUAUGAGAAGUACUGGCCCUUCUACCAGACGCAUGGGGGCCAGUCUUUUCCUGCGGACCACUUGAAAAAGGCCGUUUCUGAGAUCGAAGAAAUGUGCAACAUCCUCCGUCACGAGGGCGUUGUCGUGAGGAGGCCAGAACCCCUGGACUGGUCCGUUGAAUACAGAACUCCAGACUUCACAUCAACAGGUAUGUAUGCUGCCAUGCCCAGGGACAUCCUGAUAGUUGUGGGGAAUGAAAUCAUUGAGGCUCCGAUGGCCUGGAGGGCUCGCUUCUUUGAGUAUCGCGCCUACAGACCUUUGAUCAAGGAGUACUUCAGAAGAGGAGCCAAGUGGACCACUGCUCCGAAACCCACCAUGGCGGAUGAACUGUAUGACCAGGACUACCCCAUCCGGACCGUGGAGGACAGGCACAAAUUGGCUGCCCAGGGCAAGUUCGUGACCACAGAACAUGAGCCCUGCUUCGAUGCUGCUGACUUUAUCCGAGCUGGGAGGGACCUUUUCGUCCAGAGGAGUCAGGUUACAAACUACUCGGGAAUCGAGUGGAUGAGGCGUCAUCUGGCUCCAGACUACAAGGUCCACAUCAUCUCAUUCAAGGAUCCGAACCCCAUGCAUAUCGAUGCUACUUUCAACAUCAUCGGCCCCGGGCUGGUGCUGUCCAAUCCUGACCGCCCCUGUCGCCAGGUGGACAUGUUCAAGAAGGCCGGCUGGACGGUGGUGAAACCUCCGACGCCCUUGAUUCCCGAUGACCACCCACUGUGGAUGUCCUCCAAAUGGCUGUCCAUGAACGUCCUGAUGUUGGGCGAGAAACGGGUCAUGGUUGACGCCAACGAAACCUCCAUCCAGAAAAUGUUUGAAAGCCUCGGUAUCAAGACCAUAAAGGUGAACAUUCGCCAUGCCAACUCCCUUGGUGGUGGCUUCCACUGCUGGACAACCGAUGUCCGCCGCCGCGGUACCCUGCAGUCCUACUUCCACUAGCCGUGCCAGAAACAGGCAGUUUUUAUUGAGCUUUGGAAACUAAAGCCUCAAUCCGGAUUCUUAAUUAGCAAUCAAUCUGCGAUGUGCACGCUCGUUAUUAGAAGUGCAUGUGCCGGUUCUUCAGACUUUGUGUGAAUAAGAAUAAUUUGGACGUUGAAGUCUUGAGCUCCUCCGGAUUGUGUCUUAAAUGAACGUUUAGAAGUGAUUUUGAUUCGCUGCCUCUUUGCAAACAGCUUUGUUCAGCGAUAAGUAGCAAAUAUUUGCUCGAUAUCAACAAACAAUCCGUUUACUUCAGUCGGGAAACUCAAUAUAAACUGCAUUUCUGGCCUGGCUACUGCGAAGAUGAAGUCUCAAAGGCUUUCUCACCUACAAGCCGAAGUUUGAGGACAAGGUACAAUUUGGUAUGUGAAUGUCAUGAAACAAGGGUACGGAGGCAAAGAGCUACCUCCUCGUGAACUCUGAGGGUGUUUUUCAUUCAGACCUCGCUCCUCCUGAGAGUUUAUUAAAAAGAAAGGGAGAGAGUUAGACACGUUGGUGAAAAGCACCCUCAAAAACAAUAUUUCUGUCUCGUUCCAAUAUUUCCUUUUUUUAUAAAGUCAUGUAUAAAUCUUUUCGGUACGUCAUGAAACCAUUUUAACAUCUUAUCACUAUUUUGUAAAGUUUUUAAUUGAGUAAACAGGAAAAGUUCUGCUUAUAUUUUUACAAAUCUUUAUUGGAUUUCCCAGGAAUUCAUUUGUUUUAAUUUUAUAUAUUUUCAUACAAAGUGGUCCGUAUCAAAUAUUGUCUACCUUCUGCCUCUGCUGUUUUCUCCUGUUGCACAUCUGGGCCAGUUACAGUCCGCGCUGCUCGUCACGCUAACCACACCUGGACGCUUCAAGAACGAUGUUUCGCUGGAAAAUGUAAUGUCUUAUGAUUCCUCCGCUGCCUUUAGACCGAGAUGUGUUUGACUGCUUUGAUUUAUUUUGUUGUUUUGAAACAAUAAACUUAAAGGAAACGGGAA